CGGUAAAGAGGCAAUACUACGUUUCGUUCGAUCUUUCAAAAAAGUUCCAGAGAAAUAUGGUUUUAAAGUUUUCCGUUAUCUACGAUUUCGUCAUUCAUGCCAGACGGUGCUUUCAAUUAUUCAAACUUUUGUUUCAACGAGAGAAGGUUCUUUGCGUGAAAACUUCUGUGACUGUAAAUCUCGUGCGAUGCAAGCAGGCCAGAAAUAUCGACUUCUUACCGAAGGAUUUCAGAAAAUUAUGUUCAAAUUCCAAGUUUCUCCAUAAACAUGUUUUCCCCGAUUUUUCAGUCGCCAACAAUUUUUUUGUACUGCUUUAAAAUUUCUCGUGACGUUUAAAAACAACUCCCUGUUGGAUAGGUUUUACCUCUCGAUUAGUCCAGCGGUUUAAUUCAGUUCCGUGAGAAGGGUGGGAAAAAAUGUGGAACAACGGGGAACGAGUGAAAUUGCGUUGGAAGUUCGGAGGAUCGUUAUCAUCCUCGAAGAUUGGAGGAGCAAAUUUGACUCCGGCAAAUUUACCAAGGAUAUCUUGCAUGAAAUUAGGAGCUGGAACGCUAUGUACUUGUCCCUUAAGUUAGCACGGUUCGCUCAUCAAUCUCGUAGUGGUCGUGUUUCGGACAAAAUCGACCAUGAAACUUGGUCGAGUUAACGGCUACUUUACGAUCGUUGGAAACAGGUAAAAACUGGAGCAACGAUGACAUCACGAUGGAAAUUUCGAACGGGUUCUUGUUUUUGAAUAUUUAGAGCCGGCUGAUUCGAAGGACGCGCUGGAAAAUCGGAUUAGGAGACUAAUCGUAGAAAUCGGAUUAACAGAAUAGUGCUGAAAAUGGUCGUGAAACGUUUCCAUUUUCGACAGACGAAAUUUCGAUCCUUUCCAAAGAAAAACUCAAACGUUUUCAAGCUUGUACCUUUCCUUUUGUUUUUCUAUCAAUCAAGUGUCAUCCGUUCAGCACAAUUGCAUCCAUUCGGCAAAUCAAACACCCUUUUUAUUUUAACGAAGAGAAAAGUUAAAAGUGACCCAAGGCGAAUCGUUUUGACACCAAUUCAAAGUUGAAAAUUCUUGGAACUAUUAAAAGCAUUGGAAAGUUUAAUGGCUUUUGAAAUGUAAUUAUUUUAUAUAAAAAAAUUUUCCUGGCGUGUACGAACAUAUUCCGAGCAAUUCGAAGGUACUGUACGUUUGGUUGGAUCGAGGAAAAAAUAUUGAAAAGAAGGAUAACGCAGCGUGAACCGCGAAUGCGUGAAAAUAAUCUUUAUCCUUUCGACGGGGAUCCGGUUCGGAAGCGGAACCGGAAUCGAGGAAGGGGCGGCGGGUAUGAGGAUUGGUACGGGUACAGAAACGGGAACGGGAACGGGAACGGGAACGAGAACGGGAAUGGGGAUGCGCAUGUACGCGACAGGGGAGCGGAAUAAACUCCGUGGUGGACGCGCUCACAUCGCGGCGCACAGUCUUCCCGAUAGCACGUUUCCACGCAGCUACCUGCCUUCCUUUAUCACCCUUCUCGAAUCUCUUCUUACUUAGAUCGCGACCGUCCUUUGCGCUUUCCACCUUUUUCCGUCCGAAAUGACAGCCAAUUCGACCGUCUGCCGUGCUCGAAACAUCAUUUCGCGAGCGGAACAACCUAACAGCUCCGCGUAAAACCGCUUCGCGUCAGUCACAUGUCAUCGAGAUCGAGGAUCGUGUCGCGUCUCGCGAGUGAACAAGCUUGACGUCGCGGAAAACUCGCAGCCAACUUUGGAAAUAAACUUUCCGCCUAUCAGAAGAUUUCGAAUCCCUUCAACUUUCUGCUAAGCUGCUCCAACAAGGAUGUCGUUCUUCAGGGGAUUGUGGAAAAGCAGCUCAAAACACAAGAAGCUAUGCGAGGAAUGGGCUCUAGCGAAUAGUCGCGAAUGCGUGGAAGGAGGAGGUUCUACGGCGAGUGCGACACACGAAGAAACCGAGGAUGCGUCGGAAGCCAGGUUCACCCUCAAAUAUUUGGGCAGUACCCUCGUCGAGACGCCCUCGAGCGAAGAGGCCACGGCGGAAGCUAUCAAGACGGUUAUUACGAUGGCAAAAGCAAGCGGGAAAAAGUUGCAAAGAGUUUCUUUGGCUGUGAGCCUGAAGGGUAUUAGAAUGACGGACCUAGCCACGGAAGAAGAUCAGCUUCAGGUGUCUAUAUACAGAAUUUCCUACUGUUCGGCGGACGCGACCCACGAUCACGUGUUCGCGUUUAUCGCGACAAAUUUGAAUGAAACGAUGGAGUGUCACGCGUUUCUCUGUCCUAAAAGAAAAAUGGCGCAAACGGUAACGCUGACGGUGGCCCAAGCCUUUAACACGGCUUACGAGGCUUGGCAGUUGUCCCAGGCCGAUCCUAGGAUUCAUCACGCUCAAGACAAAAGUCCUCCGUUAACUGACGCCCGAAACGAAGAUAACGAGAAAAAGAAGAAAGAAGAGGAAGGGAAAUCCGGGGGCAAAGUUAACGAAGAAAACGGAGGCAACGUUAAACGAAGUACCACCAACGAUGUCCAGAAGACUCUACUAAUUGAUUUAUCGAACGACGCCAAACCGACCGGAAAUUCAUGGGUCUGUUUCGAGGAGGAAGACGGGAAGAAAGUGCAGAAGAAGAACAACCCUACGAGCAUUCCCAUGACGACUUUGAGGCACAGCACGACGUCGACGUCGCACCACGUUGUACCGAGGCCGUCAACGGGUUUCAAAAUUCAAAACGCAUGGGGAGAAUCGAGAUCGGUUGAUCUAAUGUGCUCGUAGCAGGCAUAGCCCUCGGCCGAUAGCUUCCGAGACGUUCCAUUAAUCACUAGUCUCUGGAAGCACUUGUCGAACAACGGCCAACCGAAGAAGAUCAACCAUUAGACUAAUUAUUAUCACCGAACUCUGAUACCUUCUCAAUCGGAUCCUUUUUCUUUUUAAAGAAAACGCGUUGCUCUACCGAUACUUUCCGUGUGCAACGGUAUCUCUCUAACGAUAAGUGGCACGAGCUAAACUCUGCGCAAAGGUACUCGUUUGAAAAUUUGCCACUACUAUCUGUCAUUACCGCCUUUAUAAAGGCAACGCUAUGUCAUGGAAUCGAGGAUAGAAAACACGUGUUACAUCCUUGUGAUUUUACGAUCAAUGUCGAGCGGUGCUCGAGAAAAGUGAGAGAAAUAAUAAACUCGAUGCGGAGGAGUUUCAGUUCACGGCUAAUAAGAAGUGGGAACAAUUUUCAAAAACGUUUUGUAUAACGCGUGUAUCCGUGCCAAUUCUUUUACACACAUAUCGUACACGUAUUAUACGUGUAAUUUGGAUCGUACGCGCGCGAUCGCAUAAACUUUUACUAUUUUUAACGAUCUAUGGAGACGUUUUUCCUUUAUAACGGCGAAACAAACCCAAAAUACUUUUCGAUAUCUUAUCGAAUUUUAUUCAUUGUCAAAUAGCUGGGCUAUUUUCUUUUCAAGUUUGACGUUGUUAAAUUUAUCUACACGCGGAUGGUGCAUUCGAAGCAUAGAUUUACGAUUAGACGAUAACGUAGGAUGUAUUGACCGUACUUUUGGCAUUAAUAUCGCUUCUUUCAAUGUAAUCGUCAAAGAAACGCCAUUGAUACCAUUUGUUUUUUUCUUAGAGUGAAAAAAAAAAAUAUAGAUUUCUUUUGAUAUAUUAUUCAUAAAUAGAUCUUUAUCGCAUUAACAAAAUAGCGGAAUUUCGUGUUAGGAAAAUCUGUUGAUGUGUACGUCAUGAAUAUGUAUACCCAUGUAGCCAUAAAAUAUUUCUGUUGCGUGUAAAGUACGUGAUUUAAACGUUGCGAUUUACGAUAUAACGACGAUACGUUUACUUACAACGAUAACGCGAUAAUUUAUUCGCGUGUUCAAUUACUAAAUUAAAACGAUGUUUUCAAUUUUGUACUUUUAUCUCGUUGACGCUGUUAUGUCGUUACUCUUCUGCUCAAAAUUUGUUAAAAAUACUAUUUUUGUUAUUUCGUUAGUUAGUUAUUUCAAUAGAAAGUUUCGAAUUUUUUGAUCGUCGCUUCGUUGACGAGAACUAACAAUAAUCUGAUAUGGUCCAUGAUUAUACGAUUGGGAUGAUGCAUUUCCGCGAAACAUACUUCAAUGUUAGAAUAUAAGAAGUACACAUGAAAUACACAUAUACAUAUCCGU